CAUUUACACAAAAUUAUAAUCCAAAACAAAAAUUAAAACAUUGGAACAACGUAAAUUAAGAAACAAAAGAAACCUCCGAAUUUAAAGCUCGAAAUCUACGUUCCAGAUUUCUUUCCAUCUCCUUCCCCAGAUCCAUUACAUGAUCUCCUCCAUCACUCCAACCCACCAUCCCCCAUUUCCAAUCAAAUCUUUGUCUCUCCGACAUCCUUCAACAAUUCAAAAACAACCUCAACAAAUCCAUGCACUCCACCUUCCCCUUCACAAAAUUUAACAAAUCCGAAACCCCGAAAACAUGUCGAUGUUCGUCACGGUCGGAUUAAUAACGGCAUGGUACUCGUCGAACAUCGGAGUUUUGUUGUUGAACAAGUUUCUCCUGAGCAAUUACGGGUUCAAGUACCCGAUUUUCUUGACCCUUUGCCACAUGCUCGCGUGCUCCCUCCUCAGCUACGUAGCCAUUUCGUGGAUGAAGGUCGUUCCCAUGCAGAGCAUCAAGUCACGCGUCCAGUUCUUCAAGAUAUCGUCCCUCGGUCUCAUCUUCUGCUUGUCUGUCGUUGGCGGGAACAUCUCGCUCCGGUACCUCGCCGUGUCGUUUAACCAGGCCAUCGGCGCCACCACGCCGUUCUUCACGGCUGUGUUUGCGUAUAUUAUGACUCUCAAGAAGGAGGGCUGGGUCACGUAUGUUACUCUUAUUCCGGUUGUCACCGGCGUUAUCAUUGCCAGCGGGGGAGAACCAAGUUUUCAUCUGUUUGGAUUUAUAAUGUGUAUUGGUGCUACAGCAGCAAGGGCACUCAAGUCAGUGCUUCAAGGGAUACUCCUCUCUUCUGAAGGGGAAAAGCUUAAUUCCAUGAACCUGCUCAUGUACAUGGCUCCUGUAGCUGUGGCAAUCCUUCUCCCUGCAGCUCUUUUGAUGGAAGAGGACGUAGUUGGAAUAACAAUUGCACUUGCAAGAGAUGACGUGUCAAUUGUCUGGUACCUGGUGUUCAACUCUGCUCUUGCAUAUUUUGUCAAUUUGACCAACUUCGUGGUAACCAAACACACCAGUGCCUUAACUCUCCAGGUGUUGGGAAAUGCAAAAGGAGCGGUUGCAGUGGUGGUUUCAAUUUUGAUAUUCAGAAAUCCGGUAUCAGUGACCGGAAUGCUCGGUUACGGUCUCACAGUAACAGGAGUCAUCCUCUACGGCGAAGCCAAGAAACGAGGGAGGUAGAUUAAGUAUUUUUAUGGGUAUAUAUAUAUAUGUGAGCAGAUUUCCUGAGCUGCACUCUCCAUUUUUUGUGCAAAGGAGAGGAACAAGGGGCUUUUGUCUGCCCAAAUCAGAGAGGACAGCUCAAGCAACAACGUGGUCUGUCAUUUGCCUUGUAACCUUGCGCCCCGAUGUGCUUAGCUCAAAAUUUUUCUGUUCGAUUUAGGGAGUUCGAAUUUUGUGUAUUAUUGUUUGAUUUCGCUGAUAAUGAAAGAUAACGUGAUGAUUUCGCUA